AUGGGUAACUAUUUCAGUUCUAUGUUCGAUAGAUUAUGGGGUGCUAACAAAGAGUUGCGUAUCCUGAUCCUAGGUCUAGAUGGUGCCGGGAAAACUACCAUCCUGUACAGAUUACAGAUUGGAGAAGUCGUCACCACGAAACCUACCAUUGGUUUCAAUGUCGAGACGUUGAGUUAUAAGAAUUUGAAAUUGAACGUAUGGGAUCUUGGUGGUCAGACGUCCAUUAGACCAUACUGGCGUUGUUAUUAUGCAGACACUGCAGCAGUAAUAUUUGUAGUGGAUUCUACAGAUAAAGAUCGUAUGAGUACUGCAUCACAGGAAUUACAUUUGAUGUUACAAGAGGAGGAAUUACAGGACGCUGCAUUGUUGGUGUUUGCUAAUAAGCAGGACCAACCUGGUGCAUUGAGUGCCUCUGAAGUUUCGAAAGAAUUGAAUCUAGUGGAAUUGAAGGAUAGAAGUUGGUCAAUAGUUGCAUCGAGUGCUAUAAAAGGUGAAGGUAUCACCGAAGGUUUAGAUUGGUUGAUCGAUGUUAUUAAGGAUGAACAACUUUAA